AUGAGAUCCCUCACAGAAGAAGAGACACGGACGAUCUUCACGAAGCUAGCUGCCUAUACCGGCCGCAGUCUCAAUGCUCUCAUUACCCCGGCCGAAGAUGGAACCCAGAGUGUUUUCCGUUUGCAAGGAUCUCGAGUUUACUACAUGAGAAAGGACCUCGCCAACCUGAGCGUUUCAUUUCCUCGCGACGCCCUUCUGAGCUGUGGCACACUCAUAGGCAAAAUGACAAAGACUGGCAAGUUCCGCAUCAACUUGACAGCCCUGGAUCUCCUCGCGCAACAUGCCCGGUACAAGGUCUGGAUCAAAGCAAACGGAGUGAUGCCUCUGCUCUAUGGCGGUUCAGUUUUAAAGGCCCAUGUGGCUAGAUUCAGUGAAGACUGCCCUGAAAACGCGGGUGUUAUCAUUUUGGAUUCGAAUGACGUGCCGCUGGGAUUCGGAGUUACAGCAAGAUCAUCCGCGCAGAUCGCAAAGUUGGAUCCUACCAGUAUCGCCGUCCAUCGUCAGGCCGAUUCAGGAGAGUACCUUAGAGAGGAGGAUACCUUGUUCACAACUUAA